GAGGGCUUAAAUGAAAAUCAUAACCUACAUUUUCUUCUGUAUUUUGAAUUGUAGUUAAGUGUAUAUGAUGAAAUUUACAGAAAUGAACUUAAUAAUUAGAUAAAGUACCUUACAAACGUAAAUCAUUUACAACUGUGAUUUUAUUAAAAGGCAUUUACCAUGCUCAGAGCAUUGGCAAGCAUUUAUAUCGAGGGCCAGGGAGUAUCUCGAAGAGAUGUUUUUAAAGUGUUCCGUGUUUGUGCUCAUUCCAGUGCAGUGAGCGGGGAGCAGCGUACACAAAAAUUGAGGAAAUAUAGAAUGACAGUGUUAAGUUCCGAUGGAGCAAAGACGACAAAAACUAAAAGAACAAGCCAUGCAACAUUUGACAAAGAUAAGGGUGAAUCCCCGCCGCCCCCGCGCCCGCCACCCCCGCGCCCGCCUCGCGCCUGGUCGGCUCUCGCUGCGCUCACUGCUCUAACGGCUUCAUUGGGUGGAGUGUACUGGUACCGCAAACUGAGCGAGGACGUCGACGAGGAGAACACUUCGACAACAAGUGAAGAGAAAAACGUGGCGGACACAGUCGAAACCGCGAUCCCGGCCAGCGGAGAGGCUCUGCCCGCUCACGUGCAGUACCUGCUCGUGGGCGGCGGGACGGCCUCGUUCGCGGCCAUGCGCGCCAUUCGCAGCGCCCGCCCCGACGCGCAGGUGCUCAUCGUGGCCGCCGAGACCGCGCUGCCCUACAUGCGGCCGCCGCUCAGUAAGGAGCUGUGGCGCGAGCCCGACCUCGCCGCGCGCGCCGCCAGCCCCGACGCGCUCACCUUCCGGCAGUGGAACGGGCGCCGCCGCAGCGUGACGUACGAGCCGAGCGCCUUCUACACGCCGGCGGACCGGCUGCGCGAGGGCGGCGCGGGCGCGGGCGUGGCCCGGGGCUGGCGCGCCACGCGGCUCGACCCGGCGCGCCACUCGGCCGAGCUGGUGGCGGCGGGCGGCGCCGUGCACACCGUGACGUACGACAAGUGCCUGAUCGCCACCGGGCUGCGCGCGCGGCGCGUGGCGGGGCUGCGCGCGGCGGCGGCGGCGGGGCGCUCGCUGGCGCUGCGCGGCGUGCGCGACGUGGCGCGCCUGGCGGCCGCUCUGGACGAGCCGAGCGUGCGCAGCGUGCUCGUCGUCGGCGGCGGCUUCCUCGCCUCGGAGCUCGCCGUGGCGCUCGCCGAGCGACUGCGCGAGGACGGCAAGAGGGUUAUUCAAGUGUUCCGCGAGAGCGCUCCGUUGGCGGGGGUGCUACCUCGCUACCUAGCAGAGGACGUCGCGGUUCGUCUCACCACUGCCGGCGUCGAUUUACUACCCGACGCGGAGGUGACGGACUCUUCGGUGCGAGACGGCCGCGUGAGCGUGCAGCUGUCGUCGGGCGAGCGGCUGGAGGUGGACCUGGUGGUGGAGUGCGUAGGUAGCGAGCCCGAGGCGGAGCUGGCGCGUGAGUCGGGGCUGGAGCUGCACCCCGAGCUGGGGGGCGUGCUGGUGAACGCGGAGCUGCAAGCGCGCUCCGACGUGUUCGCGGCGGGCGACGUGGCGUGCUUCUACGACGAGGCGCUGGGCCGGCGCCGCGUAGAGCACCACGACCACGCCGUGGUGUCGGGCCGCCUGGCGGGCGAGAACAUGGCCGCGCUUGCGCCGCCCCGCCACUACCAGCAUCAGAGCAUGUUCUGGAGCGACCUUGGUCCGCGACUCGGCUACGAGGCUAUAGGUAUCGUAGACGCCCGACUGCCGACGGUCGGAGUGUUCUCGGCGGACGCCGUCGGAGCCGACGUCGUUGAGCUUAGCGCGAGCGGUGCGGUGGGCGAGGCGGCGGCGGUGGGCGCGGGGGGCGGCGGUGGCGCCCCGCGGCGCUACGAGCGCGGCGUGGUGUUCUACGUGCGCGAGCGGCGCGUGGUGGGCGUGCUGCUGUGGAACCUCUUCAACCGCAUGCACGUCGCCAGACAGGUGCUGUCGCAGGGCGAGUUCGACGAUCUGUUCGAGGUGGCCAAGUUGUUUUCGCCCCAAGAGGAGGAUUAAGUUUACUGAGCAUUUAAUCUAUUGUAUAAAUUAUUUAGAAAUAAAGAUGUAUUGAACUAAAA